AUGGCCGGCCACGGCAGCGGCUUCGACCCGGUCGUAACGAUCGUUGGAUUUCAUCACGCACGAGGACCUGAGAUUGAAAACUGGUGGGGGGUCGCGGACGGUAGAGAUCUAGCCUCUGAAAAUGAGUGGAGCUUGUUGCCAUUCAUGGCCCUCUCGGACGGUGCCCAUGCAACGUCUGAAGGCUUCUCCUACUUUACACUCCGCCAUGAGGCGCAGGGCGAUCGGCCUGCCACGUCGCUGUUCGGCAUUUCGUGUACUCGACAAAUGGACUCGAACGAACUGAUAAACCGACCGGCCGAGGUCACCAGAUCGACAGUACAGAAAGCUGUAGUAGUGAUUGCAGAUAGUCCGCAGUAUUUUGGUCAUCUUCGGGAGAAGCUUUCUGUGGUUACCAAGGCAUGGUUCGCGCAGCGAGACUUUUCAGAUGUGGAUAUCAUCAAGGAAUUCCAAGCCAGCCUUAAGCAGACCCUUCACGAUAACGAUGCGGACAAGGAUCAAUAUCUGGGUCUUUCAUUACGAGAGAUGAUUCACGAGUUCAAAUACCAAACGCUGGUGCUUUUCAAAUGUUGUUUAUUGCAGCCAAAGAUGCUCUUCUUUGGCACUCGCUGCGAACGCCUAUGCAUGAUGCAAUUUUCUCUCAUUUCCCUCAUCCCAGGUCUAAUUCGAAACCUUCAAGAUUGCGCCGAUCCUGAUUUGAACAACCUUGAGAAGUCUUCAGUCAAGCCCACAUCGCUGAGAACCAGUGAUAGAAAUUCCUUAUUGUCCUAUAUGGGGCUUCCGUUACAGCUUUUUGGCAAGGGGAGCCUUUUCGGCCCAUAUACGCCGCUGCAGCAGCUUGAUUUGCUCGCUGAUCACGGAACGAAAUCGUACAUUGUUGGGUCUACCAAUACCCUGCUUCUCCAGCAACGGGACAGAUAUAGCGACAUCCUCGUAAACUUGGAUGAAGAUACGAUUGAUAUUUCCUCCCCUUCAUUACGGGGGGUCUUGUCAUUAACUGUGGCUGAUCGAAGAUGGAUUGACUUCCUGACGCAAGCAGUCAACGAUACUUGGGAUCCCGCGAAUCCGGAACGACCCAAGACUAUGGGAUACGCUGGCAGCGAAGACUUCAUCAGGCUUCAAUUUGAGGAGUACAUAUUAGCCUUGAUUGCAUCAGUCAAAUACCGAAUGCAUGCUGAAAAGCACAAGAAUGAGCCGAGUCAGCUCUUACCAGAUAUAGAAGGGGACCCUGGCGCCGACUUUGGAACCGAGUGGAUCGAAGCUUGGAUGAAGACUGACAAUUUUAGGAUUUUCCAAGAGUUUACAGGCAAGCUCAUUCGUUUCCUCAAGUAUUCACAUUUAUUCGAUAUUGUCGAGCCUCGACACCCAUGUGCGGGCGGCCUUACGAUAGAAGACGUGCAGCGUCGAUUAGCACAUCAAGUCGCAGAACUCCACUUGGAUGAACGCCUCAACACUGGCCGUGAAGCUCUAGGGAAGCAUCUGGCCAGUGGCCAGAAGAAAGUGUCUUCCGCAUUCAAUACUCUUUGGGCAGACAUUGAGGUUAUGCGCGAAGCUCAACGGAAACGGCAAGAAGAGCAUCGUGCCGCAGCAGCCGCAGCCGCAGCUUCUAGCGCUUCGCAACCGUCUUCCUCAACUCAUGAGGGUGGCUGGGCCGGGUCAAAAUUUUCUCGCGCUCCUGAUUUCUCGGCCGCCCAGUCCUCUGUAGCAGCAGCCUCGUCCCGAGCAGGAGCAUAUCUUUCUUCUUGGACGCAGUGGGCCAGCGAGAAGCGCCGAACAGGCUGGAACAAACCCAAUGUCCCCGCCAUACAAACCUCGCAACUGCCGACAACGCCAUCGACCCAGCCCGCCCAGCUGUCCUCCUCAUCUGUGCCCUCGUCUCCGGUUGGACAGCUGCACUCUCAGACACUCUCUAAAGAGGAGAAAGGCGAAAGCAGCCCGCAAUCCCCUCAGCACCGCCAUGAUCAUCAGCAGCAUCGCUUUUCCUUGUCACCUACAAAGCGCAGAUCAAUGAAUGUGUUUACUUCUUCAUCAGCAACGGAACCGGUGUCAAGUCCGCAGGACAAUGAAAAGACCGCUGCACCGGGACAUGAGACAGACAAUGGGGGUGCAAAGGAAUGA